GCCCACACGAACUAAAAGACGGUCCCUCCCCACGCCAUCACGCUCUCCUCGCCAUCUUUAGCCGCUCGCAUCACUCCACCGCUGCUGCUUUAGUUUCAGUUACAAUUCGAGUGUGUCUGAGAGAGAUUGUGACGAGAGAAAAGAAGACAAGAUAGUGGGAAUCGCCCAGCUCAGCCUCCUUCCCUCCCCCACCCCAUCGUAAUUUGUGUGGAAACCCACAAUAAUACCCACCGACCCACCAUAUAUAUAUAAUAAUAAUCACACUCUUCGCUUCAUACGUCUAAGUAGAUGUUCCUCCCUUUGCAAUUACCGCUGCGCAGGAGAGGAGGAGAGGUGGAGAUUCCGGUGAAUGGGGCACGAGAAGUCGUCCGAUGACUGGCUCCCUGCUGGUUGGAAGGUCGACGUUAGAGUCCGCAAGACUGGAAAGAAAGACAAGUGUUAUGUUGAUCCCUCAAAUGAACGAAAAUUCUAUUCCAAGCCUGAAGUUCUUCGCUAUCUCAAGGAUGUCAGAGUCAGCCAACCUGUACAUGAGGAGACUCAGAACAAAAGCAUCAGCAGCCGUCCUGCAAUAAAAUUUGUUGUGAAGGAGGAAGCUGUAGAAGGAUUACCUGCAGGCUGGAUCAAAGAAACAAGAGUUACGCAGAAGGGUAAUAAAAUCAGGAGAGAUCCGUACUACAUUGAUCCUGAAAGUGGUCAUCUCUUCCGCUCUAUGAAGGAAGUUUUCCGCUACCUGGAUACUGGAAAGAUGGUAGGGCUGGCAUCAAAGGCCAAUGAACAAAGCUCUAUCAACCUGGAGUCAAGAGAUAAUUCUUUACCAUCUUCUGUUGAAAUUGAAGAGAAGAGAACAGCUGACAGCAAAGCAGAGAAACAGUUUAUUGGGAAUGAAAUUCAGAAAUCAGAAACUGCUGCUAUCGAUAAUGAUAACCUGCCAGAGGCCAAUAAGUUAAAAGAGAGAGAAAAGAAGGAAAGCUCUUCUGAAAGUACUACUGUAACUGAGGUCCUUGUUGAAAAUUCACAUACAGGAAUUGGUUUGCAAGCAACCAACCGCAAGAAGAGAAAAUUGAAUGACAAGAAGGGGGCUGAUUUGCCUCGCAGAACUUCAAAAAGACUUGCUGGCGUUAGAGUUAAUCUCUCACUGGAGUCAAAUUCACAUACUCGAGUUCGUCGAGCUGCAGGAAGACAGAUGACUGAGACAGAAGUCAAUUGUGCUGACAAAGGUGACAACUUAGCUGAUGUACAGGAACAAGUUGAAAGGGUGACAACUGGGACCGAAGCUGCUGAUAGUAAGCAAGACAGCGUUGAUGCUUUGCCUCCCAGAGAUGUUACUUUCCCAGAAGAGCUUGUGAAGCUGGGGGUUGCUGAUUGUAAGGGUGAUGAGAAGCCAGAAGCGCCUCUUGGGAUUUGUCUGAAGGAUUUGUGCCAGGAUCCAUGCAUUGAAUUUGCCAUCAAAACUCUUAUGGGUGCAAUACCAAUAGGAGAUGAGACCAAGGUUUCUAUGAAUCAGGGGUCUUCAUCAAAUUUGCCUGAUGCAGUUCCUGGUUCCUGUAUGGACUCGCCUUCUAAGGACAUAUGGUCAGACCCAUGCUUUGAGUUUGCGGUGAAGACGCUAACUGGUGAGAUUGAUACAAAUAUGGAGACCAUACAGCGGCAGCCACCACAUAACUCAUCAGAAACCAUAGAGAGUGGCUUAACAAAUAAUUCUAUGUCAGCUGGAGUUAGCCAUGCCAGUGUUUCAUCUAGGCAUUCUAGUGUAGCAGAGUUCCCCGUUCAUAAGCAAAGGCUUUGAAGGCUUCUAGUUUAGUCCGUCUUUAGUUAAAUGGGUCUGUGUAGAGGUAGGUUGGGGGUCAUGUCGUUUGCCAUGCCCCUUGGGUCUGUAGUUAUGGUUAAGUGUCUUUAGACCUUAGAUGCAUCAUGUGGAGGGUCUCUUGCUUUGCAUGUGUAGAUCAUUGUGUUGUUGACUGUUGUGACCUUGGAAAAGCUUUAGUUGUACAAACAAUCUGUUGCUCUCUUCUUUCCUGAUAA